AUGUCCGGACCCGGGAACCAGGCACUCAAUGUCAACAGCGUCGUUGGCCAACACGGCAAUUUAGAAAUUACCAACCGUGGCUCCGACUGGUACUAUACCGUCUGCUCCGUGAUGGGUCUGGCAACCCUUAUCUUCAUGGGAUUAUCCUUCCGAAGGGCCCAAGGUGAUCGUAUAUUUUACUAUAUCACUGCGGGUAUAACGGCCGUCGCGUGUAUCGCGUAUUUCUCAAUGGGUUCGAAUCUUGGGCAGGUUCCUAUUCUAGCCGAAUUCAUCCGACCAGGUAGUCGUCUGGUGAGGCCGGCUGGAAGUCGAGAAAUCUUCUAUGCCCGGUAUAUCGACUGGGCCAUUACUACCCCUUUACUCCUUCUCGACCUUCUUCUCACAGCCGGAGUUCCCACGCCAACGAUCUUGGCCACGCUCCUCGCCGACGAGAUCAUGAUCGUCACCGGUCUCAUCGGCGCCCUAACACGGACUACCUAUAAGUGGGGAUUCUGGACCUUCGGCAUGAUCGCACUCUUUUUCAUCGCUUAUGAGUUGUUAUUCGACGCGCGACGCCAUGCUCAAAGGCUGGGCGGAGAUGCAAAUAAGACAUUUAUGAUGUGUGGCGUUUUUCUCCUCUUCAUCUGGUUCUUAUACCCCAUCGCCUGGGGUCUUUCCGAAGGUGGCAACGUCAUUCACCCUGAUGGCGAGGCCGUGUUCUACGGUAUCCUCGAUAUCUUGGCUAAGCCAAUAUUUGGUCUCCUCCUCAUUUGGGGUCAUCGCAGGACCACAUCAUCACAGUUAGGACUUCGCAUUCGGGAUCGUAGUCAACUCACUAGCGAUAAGUACGACCCCGAAAAUAUCCAUCGCGGUGUUCACCCCGAGGGUCCCGGAGCGAAUGUCGGUGGAUCUGCUGCCGGGCCUCCUACAAUCACGACUACUGCUGCUCCCGGUGUCGCUGCUCCUGGUCCGCACCCCGCUACCACGCAUUCGAACGUAUAA